GAGAGAUUCUGCUGACUAAUCGGAGAAAAAGUGGUUAGGUGAGAUUUCGCGGGUGCACUCGUGAUCAAACUCAAUGCUAUAUUGUUAUAUUUUGCUGACAAAAAAAGCGAAGAUCACUUUAGAGAUAUCGCUAUGACUUUUUGUUGAAAAAUCUUGGCUCUGGAUGGAAGCACUCUGGAAGACCAAAGCUGCAUGUGGAGGGUUUGAGAGCAUCAUGCAGAUAUCUAGAUCUUUUGGUUCAUUUUCAUCGGAAAGAACUUUAAUCUGUUAGAUGGUCUCUCAUCUGACUCAAGCUGGCUCCAACAUGGCUCCAAUAAUUGGACAAACAAAGAAAAUUCAUGAUGGUGUUUCGCACUCUCCUUCAUCACCAAGACAACAGAGAACAUUUACAUUUGAGUUAAAGGAGACAUUUGUGCGACAAACUGUAAUGAUGUCUCUUUGGUACCUCUUUAGUUUCGGUUCAAUUAUAUCAAACAAGUACAUCUUGUCAACAUUAGAUGGUGAUGCCAGCCUACUUGGUGAGACCCAAAUGGUGUGUUCUGUGCUAUUUGGAGCAGUCAAGAUGUAUCUACCCUGCUGCUUGUUCCAUCGGACUUCAGGCCAUCACCAAGAUGGACCUAAAUUUCAUUUUUUUCGUAACAUGGCAAUUUUAGGUUGGAUGAGGUUUGCUACCAUAGUGUGUUCUCUCAUUACUCUGAAGUAUGUAGCUGUUUCUUUCUCUGAAACCAUAAAAUCUUCAGCUCCAAUUUUCACAGCAAUUAUAGCUUGGCUUAUGUUAGGUGACAAAUCAAGUGUAUUUGUGAAUCUGUCUCUUCUUCCAAUCAUGGCUGGUCUGUCACUUUGUACUGCUUCAGAGCUCAGCUUCAACAUGGUUGGAUUUAUAUCUGCUCUUCUAAAUAAUGUCAUGGAUUGUUUUCAGAAUGUGUUUUCAAAGAAGCUUCUAAGUAGUGAUCAUCCCUACAGUCCACCAGAACUUCAGUUUUAUACCAGUGCUGCUGCAAUUGCUGUUCAACUACCUUUCUGGUUUUUCCUGGAGUGGCCUGGGAAAAUGAAGUUGACAGAGGAUAGACAUUUGAUUUUUAUGUUGCUGUUGAAUGGAUUUAUGUUCUACAUGCAAAGUCUUACAGCAUUUGGACUGAUGUCUUUGAUUUCUCCUGUUACAUUUAGUGUCUCCAACACAGCAAAGAGAGCCUUGUUGAUCUGGUUGUCUGUCUUAGUGUUUGGUAAUGAGGUCACAACCCUUAGUGCCAUAGGAACUAUUAUGGUGACAUGUGGAGUCUUCUUAUACCAAAGAGCCAAAAGUCAUCAGAAAAAAGUCAAGGAAAAGGACAGAGAAGACAUAGAACAUGAGGAAGUCUAAACAAGAGGCUCAGUGUAGAACAUGCUGAGAAAUCCUGGCAAUUGAUUCAGUGUGUCUUAUUUGAAUCAGGGUCUUGAGGUGCUGUUUCAUGAGGCCCUGGUAGGCUUCUCUAUUUAGAUGGCGUGAGUGAUUUUCAGAAUUCGUUACCAAGACCCUUUACAGUGCUUUUAAUAUACCUCAGGCCAAUGGAAUAAUGACAAGCAAUCAGAGGGUAGGACUGAAUUUUACAUUCAAAAAAAGUUCUUAUCCCGCCAGUCAUAUUUUGCAUAAAAAACAGUGAAAUUUGAACUUGUUUGUUGACUUGUGACAUUCAAUUAUCUUCUGUGUUGUAACAUGUUAGAAUCAAGGAAGGUAAGAUCCACCUGCCAACGCCACUUUAAAAAAGGAAACAAAAUUCUGUUUUUGAGUCCAAAUUUGUUUAUAAGGUUUGGUGAGAACAGAUCCUUAGCACACAAUUUUCAUCAAAAUAAUAAAUGUAACAAAGCAAUAUAACUGCCGGGUUAGGUUAAGGAAAUUGUAAGAAAAAAAGUUAUCCUUGCAGAAACAACUAGUGAAUAAUAAAAUUGGGGAAAUUUUUUAGCUUUAAUUUACCUGCCUAACAUGUACAAUAUAGAUGUCUUUCUUAAGUUAACAAGCCAAUAGGUCAAAAUUAAAUGUCGUCCUAAGACCCAUUUAGUAAUUUAAAAAAAGAAAGGGUCCUGGUAACUAAACAGGCCUGUAAAGUUCUUCUGUUUUCACUCAAGGUAGGGGUUUUAAAAGUUUUGAAAAUUAUACUUUGAAACCAUCACCUAAAGAAAAAAAAUGGACUGGUUAGGGUACCAGAACCUACUUAUUUAUUCUUCAAAUCUUGAUUAUAAAAUAAGGCUUCUGGUCCAUUAAGUUACUGGGACUUUUGAGAAAUGGGUCCCCAGACUGAACAUUUUCAAAAGGAUGAAGUGGUUCAAAAAUGGUACUAUUGUAAGAUUUUUUAAAUUUUUUUCAAGACCACAUACACCAAGAGAAGCUCAUUACAUGAGGUAGUUGACAGAUCAACUUAUCACUUAGUAGUUACAUGGUUUCUUACAAUUCUUUGGUAAAUCCAUGCCUCUUAACCGUUUCAUUCCCAGAUCUCAUUAGUACUUCUCCUUGCUGUAUGCUGUAAAAUUCUCAUGAUAUUAGUUUGGAGAAUUUGGUAUUGGCUCAAGUAAUAAUUCCCCCAAUUGGUAUUUUUCUUUUUGCUCAUUACUGCUUGAUAUUGCAUCGAUAUCAUAAGAAUUCUGGCUUUGUCACUCAUGAGAGUUAAAGGUUAAAGAAUACACUAGUAAGUACUAUUUAAAUUGACUAUCAACUUGAUGUAAAUUCCCUUUAUAUAUUUUUGAUUACUGGUAAAGGUUUGUUUCAACUUUGAUAAAUUGCAAAUGUCACAAAAUCAACAUAGUUUCUCAAAAAUUGUUCAAGCCUAUUUUGAAAUAUUUUUUAAAGUCUGCACCCCAGCCCCUUUCGUUUGGAAUAAUUUCUGUUUGAAACUUCAUGUUUAUUAAGUAGUAAUCAGUAUUUACCUCAUUAAAUGAAAUAUCAUAGAAGCUUGUUGAAGAGGUGAAAAAUGAUGAUAUUGAUAAUUUUAGUGACUAAUUUAUAGACUUAGAGAAAUACAGAUGAUGUGUGAAGUUUAUUUGAAAUAAACAAAAAUGACUCUCUGAAUCCUCAUUAAAUGUUGGUAACUU